AUGGCCCAGGGUAGCUUAGAAUAUCCGAGAUACUUCUCUGUUGUCGUUCCGACAGGCUGCUCCAAUGUGGAUGAGUGUCUCUUAAAGCCAUGUAGUGGUGUACAUGCAGCGUGUGCUAAUACCAUUGGAGGCUACUCCUGCGCAUGUGUAGAAGGCUGGCAAGGAAAACAAUGCGAUCAAGAUGUGGAUGAGUGUCACUUGAAUCAAUGCACUGGUGUACAUACAGUGUGUACUAAUACCCUUGGAAGCUACUCAURCGCAUGCGUAGAAGGCUGGCAAGGAGAAAAGUGUGACCAAGAUGUGGAUGAGUGUCACUUGAACCAAUGCACUGGCGUACAUACAGCGUGUAAUAAUAGCAUUGGAAGCUACUCCUGCGCAUGCGCAGUUGGCUGGCAAGGACAAAAAUGUGAUCAAGAUGUGGAUGAGUGUCUCUUAAUGCCAUGUAGUGGUGUACAUACAGUGUGUAACAAUACCCUUGGAAACUACUCCUGCGCAUGCGUAGAAGGCUGGCAAGGAGAACAAUGCGAUCAAGGUAAUUAA